AUGGAUUGGUUUCACUGCAACCUGUGUUUCCGAAAAGAUGGGGCCCAUUUCUUUGUCACCAGCUGUGGCCAUAUUUUCUGUAAAAAGUGUGUGACUCUGGAAAAAUGUGCUGUUUGUGGAACUGCCUGCAAGUAUCUGGCUCUUUCUGAUAAUCUGAAACCUCAGGAGAAGAUGUACUUCAAAAGCCCUGUGGAGACAGCUUUGCAGUAUUUUAGUCAUAUCUCUCAGGUGUGGAGUUUCCAGAAGAAGCAAACAGAUCUCCUCAUCGCCUUUUAUAAGCAUAGAAUUACCAAGUUAGAAGCAUCCAUGCAGGAGGCACAGCAAACACUGACUAACCAGGACAAAGAGCUAUCAAUCUUAAGGAAAGAGAAUGGAGAAUUGAAGAAAUUGCUAGCCAUCCUAAAGGAAUCUCCAAGUUGGUACCAAGGAAGCAGGUCAACCACACCUCGACCAGUGGGCAUUACUUCUCCAUCACAGUCAGUUACUCCACGACCCAGUUCUCAGCAUAGCAGCCAAGUGGUCAGUCGGUCCUCCUCAGUGGAGUCUAUCCCUUAUAGAGUGGCUGGCUUUAGUAACUUGGGACAGGGAGCCAGAGCGCUGCAGGGAAGGAGCACUCCAAGAGACUCUUUUACUGAAACUCCUUCACCAGCUUCCACUCACAGCCUAUCUUAUAGACCUUCAUCUGCCUCCUCCAGACAGGGGAUUUUUUCUUUCAGACCAUCCCUAAGUGGUGGGGAUUCAGGUCAAACAGGAGUCCUCACCCCCAAUAAUUCAGGUCAGAGGGAGAGCAGAACCACACUAGAGGGUCUUCCUGGUUUCCAGCUACCAGCCCUACAGAAUCUCUACCAACAGAGGCAGAUGGGAUUAGCCAGGGGGAGAGAAGCAUGGAACACUCCCAAAUAGACCAUCUUCAAGAUCUGAUCUAUACAUACUGCUGAAGGACGGAUGGUAGCAUCUUAUACUCAUUUAGGUGUGAUGGCCUUGGAAAAUGUACCCCUAUGUUGUUUCCUGGUUUCACUCUGUACCUUCUCUCUAUCUGAACCCUAUCCACCCUGUAUUACUUCCUAUGAAAAUGGCCAGGUCAGAGCUUCAGGAAGAUGUUUAUAUCUCUCCCACAAGAUACAGAUAGCUCCCUUAUUUCCUGCAACGUGAAACAAGGUUAUAAAAACAAUUCUUGGCAUCAUUGGGGGUGGGGUGUCGGGUGAUAUACUUAUUAACCAUGUUUUAUUUCUGGAUUUCACUUUUUAGCUUUGGAUAUAUUCUCCCACUGUCAAUGUUAACAAGCCAUAACACUGUUCCUUGCCCUAAUUUAUUAUUCUUUUUCUUUUUGCCUGUUGUUUCCUCUGUGCCUAGUUACUAUUAAAUAUGUUGAUUUUCCUUUCUGUUUGGUAACGGUUAGAGACACAGGCUUACUAAAGUACACAGAUAGUGAAAUAAAGAGGAUGUCCUUUUAUUGCUACUGCAACUCUAUUGGUAUUACAAGCUCUCAAAUGGUGGAAUGGGCAAAGAACACUACCACUGAGAUCAAACAUUUAUUCUUCUUUGGGUACUAAGGGGUAGAAAUGAGGGAUUAAAUGGGUAGGCCACUGGCAGGCAUACCUUAAGCAAAAAUAUUGGAAAAAUGUAAAGAUAGCAUCUGCCAGAAAUAAAUUUGGUCUUGGGAAUGACCUUGUAGCUGAAUAGGAUCCUACUACCCUUUCUGAAACUGAAUUUAUUUUAAAGGCAUUUCUAAACUCCCUCUCUUCUGAGCAAGAGCCUGUGCUGUAGCAGGUGCAGAAGAAAGUCUGCCUAGUGAUAGAUACUGAUCUACUAACUUUUCAAGUUUUUGUUCUUUUACUUUACCUCAGUAUAUCCUGCCACUUCAAAAAUAAAUAAAAAGUGGGCUUCCCUGGUGGCGCAGUGGUUGAGAGUCCACCUGCCGAUGCAGGGGACGUGGGUUCGUGCCCCGGUUGGGGAAGAUCCCACAUGCUGCAGAGCGGCUGGGUCCGUGAGCCAUGGCCACUGAGCCUGCGCGUCCGGAGCCUGUGCUCCGCAGCGGGAGAGGCCACAGCAGUGAGAGGCCCGCGUAUAACAACAACAACAACAAAAAGUAUACUAAAUCAGAAAGUUAAUGGAUUUGGCUCCAUUAAUCUCUAAACCAUAGAAAUGGCAAAGUGGAGGUGAGAGAAACAAUUUUAUUUUUGGCCUUUUUAUUAUUAUUCUA